AUGAAUUCUAGCCGGUGCGCAGCGUGCAAGCAUUUGAGGAGAAGAUGCCCGUCGGACUGCAUUUUCGCGCCAUAUUUUCCUUCAAACAAUCCGCGGCGAUUUGCUUAUGUUCACAAGAUUUUUGGCGCUAGCAAUGUUGGAAAAAUACUUCAGGAUCUUCCAGUGAGUUAUCGGGGGGAAGCAGCAAACACGUUAUGCUACGAGGCCUACUGCAGGAUCAAGGAUCCUGUUUACGGAUGUGCUGGGAUUGUCGAUCAGUUGAAUGAACAGUUAAAGAUUGCCGAGUACCAGUUAGCUACCAUUAAGGCCGCUAUUACCACUGCUCUCCAACCUUCCUAUUUGCUUGACCAAUCUCUUCCUAUGUUAUAA